AGGCUUGGCAGUCCAGAGGGUGCAAUUGGAAUUUAACCUGGUGAUGAAAGCAGUCUUUGCCCAAUACCUGCUCUCUCUAUAUAUUGUAGCUCCCCACAGAGAUACCUUUGUAAAUCCUUCAUUGUCUGUGAAGGAAGGAGCAGGUGAGUAAAAGGAAAUCUGAGCUCAAACUUUCCAUUGCCUUUAUGCUUUCAUUGAUGUUUGCCUCCCAGGUGCUCCUCUUAACUACCUACCAGAUAUAGCAGCCUGUUCUUCCAGUGCAGGAAAUCUGAAAAUUAUAUGGAAUUCUGUUUUGAAGUCUUUUCUUAAUUGUAUGUCAACUGAGAUAUUGUAACCCAUAGAGGCAGCCCACAUUUAUUAACCAUAAAAUAGCUGUUGGGUUAAGAAUGUUUGAUUUCUAAAGAUCAAACAUAUUCAAAGUACGGGAAGUUCAUAUCAAAUGUUAGGUUUAUUUUUUAUUGUCUGUACAGAACCUCCCCUCAUUUUUUGAAACCAUUUAAAAAAUAUAUUUCAAAACUAAGUUUUACUCAGAGUAGAUUCUCUAAAAUGAAUGAACAUGUUUUGGCCAUUGUUUUCAAUAGGUCUACCGUGAGCAAAACUUUGCUGAAUACCUACCACAAUAUACGUCUCAUUGCAUUUUCAGGGUAUUCGCAAAAAGAUGUGUUUUCUGUGACGAAUUUGCUUUGAUGCACUGAGAUAAAGAGGUUACACUGUGCUAACACUGUCAGGUGAAUAUAACAUUAGGCAGACAUCCACUGAGAUCAGGGUAAUGGUUUUUCUAUUAGAUCUGGGUACCUUCUUGAAGUGGUCAUUAUGUUUUCUUCCUUGGGAUUCUUUACUUGGGUUUGAAUGUACUGUAUGUUUUAUUCAGAGUGCUCUUAUGGCCCCAAAGGAUAAAAGAGGAAAGCAGCUAACAUGAUACUUUUAACCGGAUCUUUAUCUACCGUGAGAGUAGGCAGGCUUUUGAACUUCACAGACAUCUUCCUCAGUGAUGCAAUCAGAGACCUCAAGAUCCGUAUUUAAAUUUUGGGCAUUACACUUCCCCUUCCCUGCACCGAGAGGAACAAAUUUAAAUGCCGAUUGGUCACUGGAGCAAGAAGAACUUGUCCCAGCCAAUUUAAACUGGUGUGCACACAUGCUUAUUAAAAUUAUGACUUGUUGUAUCAUGUGCAGCGCUCUCUCUCUCUCCAGUGACAUCACUAGGAGCGCUGAGCUGGGUAGGAAAAAUAAGUCAACACCUUUUAAGUAAUGAAGAAACAAAACACUUUUUAAAAAGCUGAAUCUUUUAGUCUAAUAUUACAAAAUUGAGACAGCUGAGCUAGAUUCUCGUUUGGUAUAAAGUUGCCUCAUCCUGGAGCCAUUUGUUGAUACAGGCUGACUUGCACGAACUUUUUUUUUUUAAUGCGAGUUUGGCAACACCGCAUCAUUUGAGCAGCAAUUUUGUCUGCUGCGGCUUGGAAACAUUAAUGUGCUUAUUGUUAUUCUUAUUGAAUAUUUUUUUAUUGCUCUGUGUGUGUGUGUGUGUGUAGGUACACCAACGUUUUAUUUUCCAAGCGAUGCUAUUUCUGUUUUGAGAUCCUAGGGUGGAGUGGAUAGCAAGUUGUCUUUCGAUGAUGGAGACCCAAGCUAAAAUCUCUGCCCAGCCGUGAAGUUCAGUGGAGGACCAUGACACAGUCCUUAUCUCUCAGUCUAACCUACUUUAGAAGGUUAUUGUGAGGAUUAAAGGGAAAUGGAGACACACAGUAUAUGCUAUUUUAAGCAUCACGGAAGAAGGGCAGGGAGAAUAACUUGUUAAUCCUCCUCACAAAAACCUUGCGGCUAAAGAGAGUAAUUUGUCCAAGCCCACAAAAUGAGCUUCUGGAAACUGUAGGACUUUAAUAUAGGUCUUUAAAGCCUGAGUAGGAUGAGGUUCCUGCUGGAUGUCAGUAGUUCUUAUUAGCUGUUUUGAGUGCUUGUGUGGCAGGAGAAUUCCUGUGUGUGACACAACAAAAAGCACAACCUCAUAGACACAGAUUCGAAUAAGAGGCAGAAUAGUGAAGUGAACAGAGUUUUGGGAUCGGUUUCAGGAAAGCUAUAAUCAAAUGCUUGCUCAGCCAUUUAACUUGCUGAGUAACAUUGGGCAAGUCACUGUCUUUCAUCUUUAUGUACCUCACUGGGUUAAAUUGGGAGAACCCCAUGUACACCUCCCGGAACUGGUGGAGGAAACUUUGCAUGAGGAUAAUUGACAAAAGACAGGAUAAUUGGCAUGGGUAAUGAAAACUGCAGGUGCAAAUAGAUUUCUGCAGCCAAGUACGUUUUCACAAGCAUCCAUAACGUGCGAGCUUUUGCCAUGGAAUGCAUUCCUGGCAAACAUCGCUUCUGAAAUGCAAAAAACAAACAAACAAAGAUUUAAAUAUUGCUUGUGAAACCAGUCUGACAGCAGGUGUAGAUAAACCAUGAUGACUGGCAGUUCACUGGGGCAGGGACAUAUCAAUAUUUGCUUGAAUCCAUAAACAAAUCAUAAGCAAUGACAAUUAAGAAGGACCAAAGUGGCCAAUCCCAGGUGACAGUCUAGUAGGUAUUUUGGAACAAUUAGUUGUUUUUCAAGAGCAACUCAAUUACAGCAGUCCAGUCUGGAGGUUACGGAAACAUUAAUGUUGUUCAUUAACUGGAAGGCCCCGUCUGCAUAGACAGUUGGCUUGGAGGGAAUACGCGUAGAAAAUGUUCAGCGCUUCUGUUUCUUCAACCUUGACCGUGGAAAGUUAGCAAGUGUUAAAAUGUCUCUCCAAAGGAUGCUUCAGGCCAAACUUACAAGGUUUUGUUUUUCUCUACUUUCGUGUAUCCUUCAGUAUCUGAAGAGAGUAUUCACAUAUGAAAAUCUAACUGCUUGCUGAGUUAAUAAGUGGUUAUGAUUGAUACUACUUUUCCACAGGAAUCACCACUCCUGGUUUUGCUUCAGUUUCUCUACGUCUGCUCCCCUGUAAUUUUGAGUUUCCUAAAUUGGGUUUCUUUACUGUAUUCACUUGAAGUACAACUUGUCCUUUCAUUGGGUUGUCAUGGAUGGCAAGUUGCAGACAAUGCUUUGUAGUCACGUACAAGUCACUGGUUUUAUACCUCUUUGUGUUAUACCCAGGGGAGUACAAACAACCUCUUCUAUGGGAGGGAAAAAAACACCGUGAGGAAUCUAGCCAAAGAACGCUGACAGCAAUACUCCUUGAGAGCCAAUAAGUUAUAUUAAGGCUAUUAAAGCUUGGGUAUGAUCCUGUCAGGUAGUUGAGUUCAACAGGACAGAGUUUCACCCCAUAGUUUAUUCUCCCGCUAGAAGCAGAGGGACUUUGCUUGACAUUGUUCAGUAGGAAAUAUUCGCUGUUAUACAUAAAACAGAGUGAACUUCCUUGAAAAAUGAGGAGUAAGGCGGCUGAACGAGGGUUUGCCAAUGAAGUUGUUAGUGUUACAGACCCUCUAAGUGUCCCUAUUUGCCAGGACGUUCCUGAUUUAGAAAAGCCGUCCCUGUUUCUGAUUUGAUCCUGGAAUGUCCCACUUUUCCUUAGGAUGCCCCUAUUUUCAUUGGAGAAAUGUUGGAGGUUAUGGAGUUAUCCGACCCCUGCACCAACUGAAGGCAAUCCUAUAUAGGGAAGUGGUUUGGGUUUUUUUUAAUAAAAAAUGUUUAAAGUUUUAUUAUGUUUUUAUGCAUGUUGGAAGCUGCCCAGAGCGCUGGGGCAACACAAUAAGAUGCAUGGGGUAUAAAUAGUAAAAUUAUCAUUAUGGAAUGGGACGUCACUAUUUCCACCGGAGAAAUGUUGGAGGGGAUGGUGUUAUGCGGAGUAAGAAUAAUAGUUUUUAAGUGUAGACGGUUCAGAAGUGAGUCAAAGAGUUUGGGCUGCUUUGUGUGAGUUAGUUGGGGGGGCUGUCCGCCACCACUAUUUUUUUAAUCUGAAACUUUCCGAUUCUAAAAAUAACCUAUUGUUUUUUAUGUUGCAUACACACCAUACAUUUAAAGCAUAUCCCCUCUAAAAAUAAAAAUAAAAUAUCCUGGGAACUGUAGUUUGUUAUGGGUGCUGGGAAUUGUAGCUUUGUGUGCAUAAACUACAGGUCUCGGGAGUUUUCUUUUUCUUUUGAGGGGUGUGUGCUUUAAAUGGCCUUCAAGCAACCAUGUAACAAAUUAAAAUUAAAUAUCACAAAUUAAAAACCCUGGUUUUUGAUAAUUCUUAGGUGGGGCACUUAUGCUGUAGUUUUUGAAAGUACACUCUCUAGUCCAUGGGUAGGCAAACUAAGGCCCAGGGGCCGGAUCCGGCCCAAUCGCCUUCUAAAUCUGGCCCACGGAAGGUCUGGGAAUCAGCGUGUUUUUACAUGAGUAGAAUGUGUCCUUUUAUUUAAAAUGCCUCUCUGGGUAAUUUGUGGGGCAUAGGCAUUCGUUCAUAUCCUCCCCCCAAAAAAUCUAGUCCGGCCCCCCACAAGGUCUGAGGGACAGUGGGCCGGCCCCUGGCUAAAAAAGUUUGUUGACCCCUGUUCUAGUCGCAACCUGGCUCAUGGGUGAAAUGAGAAAGUUUGGUGGAAAAGUUGUAGAGAAGGACUAGAAUUCAAAAUCUGCAACAAAUCUGCCUGUGAAACUCUAGUCCCAGUUACAUAUUGUCCUCAUUCGGACAUAACACUAAACUACAGUUUAGAAUUACAAGGCUGGGCAAACCUCAGGCUCAUGUAUCUGCCUUCUUUUCCUCCGACAAGGAAGAGAUGUGCUUUUCUGCAGCGCAUGGCUAGAGAAGAAUCACUGUGCUGAAAGCGAUGGUGGUAAGAAGGGCUGAGAUCUCAUUUUGGUACUUGUGAGCUAAGUCGAAAGCACAGUAGCUUGUUAACUGGACACCUUCAGAAUAAAUAUACACCUUUCAUUCUGUUAUAACACAAUUACUACCACGUUGACUGUCUUUAUUUGUGCUGGUUUGUGAUCACUGUGGCCAGGAGCGUAGAAAGAUGGGGGACAUGAAGACUGUUUUUUGGACAGGCCACAUACCGGGAAAAAAGGCUUUGUACCUCUUCAAAUUAAUGCAACCUCAGGGUUACGACAUAAAAGGAAAAGAGAUUGGGAGGGAGAAAGAAAAAAACAAACCCCAGACACUAGUUCUUGAUUAGAGGGUUCUUGUUACUGCCAAAUGGAAUUGAACAAUUUAAAGGAAAGGAGGAAUAGAAAAAAAAAAGCCUAACAACAAUUUAAUGUUCACAAAAAUGAGCUAGUAUCACUCUAGGAAGUCAAUGGAAUAAUUAGGAACCAAGAAGGGGGGGGGGGAGGAUAUAAAACAGCCAUUAGCACUGUCAUUUUCUACCAAAGAUGAAAUAAAUGAAUUAACAUUGAGAGCAUAAUCCUGCACAUAUUUCCUCUGUUCAGUGUUGCCUUUGUGCAGUAAAGAUGCACAGGAGUUCAGCCUAAAACUGUCCCCGUUUAAAGGUAAAGGGACAUUAGGUCCAGUCGUGGCCGACUCUGGGGUUGCGGCGCUCAUCUCGCUUUAUUGGCCGAGGGAGCCAGCGUACAGCUUCCGGAUCAUGUGGCCAGCAUGACUAAACCGCUUCUGGCAAACCAGAGCAGCGCACGGAAACGCCGUUUACCUUCCCACUGGAGCGGUACCUAUUUAUCUACUUGCACUUUUGACGUGCUUUCGAAUUGCUAGGUUGGCAGGAGCAGGGACUGAGCAACGGGAGCUCACCCCGUUGCGGGGAUUCGAACCGCCAUCCUUCUGAUCGGCAAGUCCUAGGCUCUGUGGUUUAACCCACAGCGCCACCCGCGUCCCCAUUUAGGUGACAUUUAAAAUGCUUAGAACUAUGGUAUUUUCCUCUUUAGAGUAGUAAGAGAUGAAAGAGUCGAAAGUGAGAGACAAUUGUUCGUUCAUGAUUGUGUAUUUGGUAGAUUGAUAAACAGGUAGCUGUUUGGGUUUGUUCAGAUAUUUAAUGUAAUGUGGAAUGUGAGCUACCUUAGUUAAAAUAAAGGGGUUGGGAAAUGUGCUGUUGAUAGCAUUCCCUUGAGGAAAUGGCAUUGGUUCAUACAGGUUAGUAUUCAGAGUUGAUUGCCCGAGAUUCAUAUAAUGAACCCUUUUGCAUGGAAAUGCUUUGGCGCUGACCUUUCGUUGGUGGAUCAUCUCUUUGCAGGCGAUGGCUCCAAGGCCUGAACUAGCAGGAACAGACGCAAGCAAAGCCCAAGAAAAUCAAGUCAUGUCUGACAGAGCGAUGAACAAUUCAAAAGGUACAUAAAUAGUUACAGUCCCUACUCCUAUAUAUCCUAUAUUCACAUUCUGUUUAGAAGCUUGCGAGUUCUAUACUCAAGGAUAGGUAGGAAACAGUUAUUGACUUGCUUGCUGGUUCUCUCAGGUGAAGCGGUUCCUGUAGGAAAUCAGCUGGAACUUUUGCCCGCUUACUCCACCAUUGCCUUGGCAGCAGAACCAGCGCCAGAAUUUGACCCAUGGAGUUUGCCAGAGCUCCAGAACACAGGAGUAAAGUGGUCAGGUAAGAACCUGUCAUGGAUAUUUAUACUUUUCCACCUUUAAUUUGUGCUUCCUGCAUUGCAGCGGGUUAGACUGGAAUGGGGUACCCAACUCCCAAGAGGCUGUGAUCUACUCAUAGAGUUAAAGACUGACAGUGAUCUGUCCCCUUUUUUGGAGUUUUUUGAGUCAAAGUUUUUAUUUGGGUCAAAGUUUUUGAGCUUUUUUUUAGGAAGGAAAGCCCUGUUUUCUGGGGUUCUGGACAAAGAUGUGGAGAUUUUUUUAGGGGAGACAAACUUGUUGAGCUUCUUUGGGGAGAGCCAGUGAUCUGCCAGUGAUCUACCGCAGACGUCCAGUGAUCUACUGGUAGAUCACGAUCUACCUGUUGGACGUGCCUGAGAUCCUCCGGGACCCUUCUAACGCUACAAUUUUCAAACAUUAGCUUUCUAGAAAAAGGGACAGCAAAGCCCAGGUGGAAGUUGUUUUAAUCAUUGGCUCUGAAACUUUGUGCCUUUAUUUACCUACCGGUAACACCAAACUAUCUGUAUUCUCUGAUUUAACAUGCUUUGUUUCAAAGUGGACAGCUGAGUAGGCAAAGCAGCAAAACAGUGCAUCUGCUAUUGAAAGGUCUCCCAUUGAACAUGUUGCGUUUCCCAUGUUAUGGAAGCAGGGGAAUUCUCUCAAGCUGCAACCUUCUUUUCCAUUUAGGGUGGAAUCACCCUAAAUCACCUAUUUAGGGUGUUCAAAUGUCACUGGGUUCUGCAAGCAGGUUGCAAACAAAAUUGGUAUUGCUGUUGGCAAACAGAUCACCUUGGACUCUAAGCUGUGUCCAUUUUUGAUGGUGUCAAUGCUGACCUUACUUCUCAACAAUUAAUUCCAUAUCUGUUGGUUUCCGCUGGUCUAGUAAUCUCUCAAAGGUGGAAGGAUGCAUCUUGUUAUUCUAGGGAACCAUGGUUUUAAAAAGUCGUGUUUCUGAAAAGCUGCCACUGCCCUCCAACUUUGUUUCUGCUGGGAGGGUCAUUUGUGAUUUACAUGACCAAAUUAUAUUAUGACUGACACAUUCCCACUAAAUAUGCGUUUAUUUGGCAACAUUCAUGAUCAUUUGAUAUGCUUGGUACAAAUAUGAACCUUGUCUUCCACUACGGAAUAUAUUGUACACCACUCAUUCUUUUUAAAAGCUUUCCAUGUUUGCUAUUUUAUUAUUUUGUAAUUGUAUUCUUCCUGUGGGUUAAACCACAGAGCCUAGGACUUGCCGAUCAGAAGGUUGGUGGUUCGAAUCCCCGCAACAGGGUGAGCUCCCAUUGCUUGGUCCCUGCUCCUGCCAACCUAGCAGUUCGAAAGCACGUCAAAGUGCAAGUAGAUAAAUAGGUACCGCUCCGGCGGGAAGGUAAACAGUGUUUCCGUGCGCUGCUCUGGUUCGCCAGAAGCAGCUUAGUCAUGGCUGGGUACCACAUCUUCAACAGAAAUAAUACGCAUUGCCAUCGAUAGAUUCCCCUAAGACUGUUCAGUCCAGAGUCUAAAAUUACCUAUGGCACCAUUGCCCAUUAAUACCUGCUACAAUAUUGAAAUCCUGCCAACCUAGCAGUUCGAAAGCACGUAGAAAUGCAAGUAGAUAGAUAGGUACCACUCCGGCGGGAAGGUAAACAGCGUUUCCAUGCGCUGCUGUGGUUUGCCAGAAGCGGCUUAGUCAUGCUGGCCACAUGACCCGGAAGCUGUACGCCGGCUCCCUCGGCCAACAAAGCGAGAUGAGCGCCGCAACCCCAGAGUCUGCCACGACUGGGCCUAAUGGUCAGGGGUCCUUUACCUUUAUUCUUCCUGCUGAACUCAGUGGCAAGACGUAAUGCCUUGUUGUCCAAACAGCUCAGAAUGGUUUUCACGUGGAUUACCAGGCAGACUCCAUUCAGGAAUCUUAACAAGCUCAGAAAUCCUUUGUUUUUGCAGUGGCUUGUGCCUCCAAACCAUUAUUUGGCCUCAAAGUCUGUUUCAUUUUCUGGAGCCCUUUAGUCUUUUAGCGAGGUCUAAGGCAGUUCUCCACUUCCUGUGGUGGGAAGAUCCGCACAGGAGCUGCUUAUGUUUUGGUGACAAGUGGAAGUUUAGAGUUGUGGACUGGUUCUGUAGAACCCUCCUCUACCCAUGGAAACACUUUACCUUCUGUAUUUCCAGGGGUAGAAACAAGAUGGAGGAGCCAACCAGGCAAUUCCAUCAAGCGAAGACACCACCUAUUAGGGAUAUACAGUGAAUUAUUUAAAUUCACAUCGACCUGUGCUGAUGUGUAGCACAACAGGCAAAUUCAGCGCGAUCUUCCAACGCUUAAAAGUGCAUGGGAACUCUGUUGUAAUAAUCUUCUGCCCCUUUUUGUUUACAAUUAAUGAUGCUAUUACUAAUAAUAUUAUGAAAUUUGAGUAAAAACAUAAAAAAAUAAAGUUUAUCAUUCUCACAUUUUGCUUUAAGUAGGGUGAGAAGGGGUUAUUGGUUUUGUGUUUUUUUUAAAAAAAAUCUUAUUGGGUUUUUAUAGCUUCGUAAGAAUCUUUUAGCUACAGUUAAAUUUUAAUAAUGAGAACAUUCCUUCUGGUUUAUCAUCCACCAAACUCACAGCAUCAGCCUUGACUCCACAGACUUGCAGGAAACCGAUUGAUUGCGGAAAAUCAAGUAUUAGAUUCUUUGCUGUUUUGUAUAUCCAAACUUGUUUUGUGUUUUACAGAGCUGGAUGCGAAAGGCAAAAUACUCCGUGUGACAAAAGGAUUUGGAAAGUUUAUUCUCUUGCUUGUCCUGCUCUACUUUUUUGUCUGUGCCUUGGAUGUGCUCAGCUCAGGCUUCCAGUUAGUAGGAGGUAGGAAAACACUUUCAUCUUGAUUGCCUAAGUCUCUGUUUCUGUAAAAAGGAUCUUGUUGGGUUAAGCCUCACCCCUCCAGAAGAACCCACUUCAAACAGAUGAACAGAAAAAGAAAGUGUCAGUAAAUGAAUGCUGACGCCCCUUUGUUUGCAAAGGCACCUUUUGUUUUCAGCAUUCCAAGGGGGUGUUGACAUUGCUUUAUUUUAGCUUCAGGUAUUAGUCUCGGAUGGUAUAGAUGCUGUCAGUCGUUGGGAUGAAUUACAAGUCAAGCUAGACUGUUCUAUGGAACCUUAAACUUUUUACAAAGGCAUUAUGUAGUGUGAGAUUUUGUGGGUAAAAGAGGGGCUGGGGAAACCCAGCCAGAUGGGUGGGAUAUAAAAAAUAAAUUAUUAUUAUUAUUAUUAUUAUUAUUAUUAUUAUUAUUACCACUUUACAGAUUCAUGACAAAGGCAGUGAACACACACACACCACACACACACACACACACACACACACACACACACACACACAAAAACACCACACACCCCUAUGGUUCUAUAUAGUGAUACCUUUCCCAAAACCCUGCAGCUGCUGUCAGAAAGAGGAAGAAGAAUAAUGUCUACUGUUCAUUGCUGUCAGUAGUAUCUGGACAAGGGAUCUCCCACACAUCUGCUUGUCCCAUGCCUGGAAAGUGCGGCUUCAAGCAAUUUCCCCCUUGCCCCUCUCCUUUCUAAGGGAAAAACUGCUCUUUAGCAAUAGAUAGGAACAAACAGCAAUCUGGGGGAAACCCAAAUGGCUGUUUGCUUCGAUUGAGCACCAAAGAGUGGUUUUACUUGGGGGGAAGGAAUAGGACAAAAGGAAGUGUUGAUAUAAGCCCAAAGUCAGGCUUCCUCAAACUUGGCCCUCCAGAUGUUUUUGGCCUACAACUCCCAUGAUCCCUAGAUAGAAGGACCAGAGGUCAGGGAUGAUGGGAAUUGUAGUCUCAAAACAUCUGGAAGGCCGAGGUUGAGGAGGCCCUAAGUCUUGGGGUGCUUUUGCCUUUGCAUCAGAGCAAGCAGUUAUUUUCUCUUCCUUACAUGAAUGAACGGCAGCCAAAAUAUUUUAUACAGGAAGCAUAAGAGUUGGAUUCUCUGGGGGGUGGGGGUGGGGGUGGGGGCAAUCUCUAUUUAAUGGCAUAGGAAAUACCUUUGGUGAGUCAAUAAUCACCCCUGCCACAAUACGCAGAGCUGCCCCCUGGCACAAAAGCACGACAGAAAAUUGGAAACUGGGUUUUCUGCGUAUAGGUCUUCUUCUUCUUUGGCGAUCCACUCGUAGCCAAGUAAGAUUGUCUUCCAUAAACACGGUUUUAACAGUGAGUCCGUAAGUGACAAUGGAGGCCAAUUCUGGAUCCACACGUCCUUCCACAGUGGGGACAUGUGUUUCUGGGUGGGCGUUGAUCAUGGUGAGGGUUUGCCAAGUGUGCCUUCCUCUUAGCAUGUUUCUCCAUUUCGCCCUGAGUUUGAGCGUCUUCAAAGCCCAUGACACCUUUGGUCAAGGCUGUUCUCCAAUUGGAGCGACUGCAGGCCAGUGUUUCCCAGUUGUUGGUGUUUAUCCUACAUUUUUUUAGAUGUUGGAACCAUUUAGAAGUUGGAAACUGGGUUUUCUUCAUAUAGGUAGCAAUUAUGUUAUUCAAAGACACAAUCUAUCUUUUUUGUAGGCAAAGCAGCAGGGGACAUCUUCAAAGAAGGCUCCGUGUUAGCAAAUCCUCUUGCAGGCGUGAUGAUUGGCCUUCUGGUGACAGUCAUGGUGCAGAGCUCAAGCACGUCUUCAUCCAUCAUCGUCAGCAUGGUGUCCUCUUCAAGUAGGUUAAUGGUACAAAGGAUUGGUAGUUAAUGGAUGUUUUAGUUGAAAUUCUUGCAUUGCAGGGGGUCAUCCCUUGGGGUCUUUUCCAACUCUACAAUUCUGUGAUUAUAACAGCCAUACGAGAAAUAUGUAAAAUAACUAAGCACGUAUUAGACAUCACCCCAGAACUGGCCCUACUAAACAUCUUCCAAGACAACAAUGCCCAUUUACACCACAAAGAACUCAUAACCCACCUACUUUCAGCAGCCAGAAACACCAUAACCAGACACUGGAGAGACCUGUCAGGAGUAAGCAUGGACCAAUGGUACCAAAUAGUAUGGGAAACAGCCCUACUAGAAAAAUUAACCAAUAAACUGAAACUGACACGGGGACAAACAGAAGAAGACGCCUUCACCCCGGUAUGGCUCCCCUUUAUCACAUACACAGUCUAACAAGACAAUGACAAUAAUUCACCAACAGCAUACAAAUCAAUAUGGCUAACCUGAUCCAAAACACCCACCCACCUCACUCACACACGAAAACAAAGAUCACUGCAGCCAAUCACAAACAAAGAACCACACGCUAGGCCAACCCCAACCUCUCUCACCACCAAAGGAACACAAGCGAACAGCAGAGAACCUGCACGAGCAACGCUGACACCAAACUCUACAUACAUUAAGCAUAUUAGAAACAUCACCACCCCGUCCCAUCUUCCCCCCCUCCACCCCUUUUUUUUCUCCCCCUAAUGUCUCAACAAAUGAAACAGAUUUAUAAAAAUGUUACAUGGAAAAAAUACGAGAGACAUUACACAUACUUCUGUAAAACAAGAAAAUCUUUAAAUAAAUAAAUAAAUAAAUAAAUAAAUUCUAUGAUUAUAGAUUUGUGCAGGUCAUCCUGAAAGUUGUGCACACACAAAUAUAGAGAGCAAAGGGGAUAUUGGAAAAACAUUUUCAUAAAAAACUGCUAUGGGAAUAUCAUAUUGGAAACAGGAACGGACAUUGUGUUUGUUGUGCCUUUCCCCGUUGUAAAGAUAGGAGGAAGUACACCUGACAGAAUGUUGCCUUUCUGAGCAACUCUUUUCAGUUGUGUGAGACUUGGUCUGGAUUUUAUAACCCUGAGUAGGAAAGGACUCUUAGGAGCAAUGUAGUGGGUGAAGGGGGAGGGGGGAAAUGACAGGGAAAAAGGCAACUCUGCAAGUCUAAAAUAUAAGACGCAGUCAAUAACCUGUUGGAAAUUGGGUUGUAAUGUUUUGGCGGAUGACUUAGAUCCGAACCCCACUGUGAUAUCAUUUAGCCAUGUUCUAAACUCAACAGUUGGUGCUUUCUCCAUAUUCUGAUUAGUGCAAAACAAGCUUUCUGAUCCUCAAGUUAGUUACUUUUGUGUCUCAAGAACAAAGGAAGGUCCUAAGUUGGUUCAAUGUACUGUAGAUACCAACACUGCCCAUCCCUUCCAUUUUUCAUCUCCUGUUGUUUCCGAUAUCUUGCAGUACUCAGUGUUCGGCAUGGAAUUCCGAUCAUGAUGGGAGCCAAUAUUGGUACUUCUGUCACAAACACCGUUGUGGCGCUCAUGCAAGCUGGAGACAGGAACCAGUUUAGAAGGUACCAGUGUUUUAAACUUAAGCUACAAUCAAAUAUAGGAGCAGGUUGUGAUAUUUAACUGUAGAAAUUCCCAAAAUGUAUGCAAUGACAUUUUUAUUUAUACUGCAUUACAGUAUUGCAUGAUAUUCUGUGAAACCCUCUGAGAUCUUUUGAUGAAGCAUGGUAUAUAAAUUUGAUUAAACAGUUUCUUUUACUGGACAGUUGAGAAAAACACUGAUUGCUUCCUAUAUUAUCUAUAAAAUUAAAAUAGUAAAAAAUAAAGUACGUCACUCUGUUUUCCACCUUUCUCACCCUACCCUCAGUGGCUACAUGCUUAAGACAACGCCUCUUAGCACACAAGAAUGCAUUAUUCAUCUGCAAAAUGUGCAAUAAUCGGGCUAGAUGAAUAUUGGUUGAAGCCUUGCAGCAGUACUAAUAUGCAGGGGUGAGGUAAAGGUAAAGGGACCCCUGACCAUUAGGUCCAGUUGUGGCUAAUUCUGGGGUUGCGGUGCUCAUCUUGCUUUAUUGGCCGAGGGAGCCGGCGUACAGCUUCCGGGUUAUGUGGCCAGCAUGACUAAGCCACUUCUGGUGAACCUUCCUGCCGGAGCAGUACCUAUUUAUCUACUUGCACUUUGACGUGCUUUCGAACUCCUAGGUUGGCAGGAGCUGGGACCGAGCAAUGGGAGCUCACCCCGUCAUGGGGAUUCAAACCGCCAACCUUCUGAUCGGCAAGUCCUAGGCUCUGUGGUUUAACCUACAAUGCCACCCGCGUCCCAUGCAGGGGUGACGUAUCCCCCAAAAUAUGGGCCUUUAUAGUUUGGGGGCCCUUGAGCACAGGAUAGCAGUGAGUCCCUCAGCCAUUCCAAUUCUCCUCAUACCAUGCCCCCCUCUCGACCCAUUGAAACUAAAAUGGUUGUUGCCCAAUAUGGCAGUUCUCUGUGGUCAAAGAAAAACACGAGCAUUACUACUUCACUAGUUGCCUUUUUUAUGUUAAUAGUAUAACAUCCUACAAUACUUACAAGCAACUAACAUGACUAGUGAAAGCACCUUCUUGUAUCGGGUGCAUCUGAACUGAGCGGUAAAGGGAAAGGGACCCCUGACCAUUAGGUCCUGUCGUGGCCGACUCUGGGGUUGCGGCGUUCACCUCGCUUUAUUGGCUGAGGGAGCCGGCAUACAGCUUCCAGGUCAUGUGGCCAGCAUGACUAAGCCGCUUCUGGCGAACCAGAGCAGCGCACGGAAACGCCGUUUACCUUCCCGCCGGAGCGGUACCUAUUUAUCUACUUGGACUGGCGUGCUUUCGAACUGCUAGGUUGGCAGGAGCAGGGACCGAGCAACGGGAGCUCACCCUGUCGCGGGGAUUUGAACUGCCGACCUUCUGAUCGGCAAGCCCUAGGCUCUGCGGUUUAACCCACAGCGCCACUGAGCGGUAGCACAGCAGGGGAAGAGUUUGUGGUCUUAUUUAGAUGAAUGAACUUUGGGUUGUUCCUGUGUCCAUAUGACUGCUACACCUUGUGUUGUGGAGCAUGUGCUCCUUUCAUUAUCUGCACAUCAGUGCUGCCUGUUUGUGUAUUGUGCCCUGGGAUUGUGAGAUUGAUGUCACAAAUAAAUCUUCUUAAGCCAAAUCAUAUCUACCCUACAUUUGUACAGUAACCUUUUCAUACAGUCCUUGUCAUAAAACAGCGUUGUGAGAUUGGUCGUUAUUAAUCUUUUAUUACUGAAUCCAAGAAUUAAUAAUUUGCCUGAUGAUUGUAUUAUCAAUUGGUGGUUGGUUUGGAGUCCUCAGAGUUUGAAGGUUUAUUCUGAUGUUGCAGUUUCUUUAACUGACUUUGAGCAUUGGUGUCAUUGCCUGUUGAAGUUGUCUCAGGCUAUCUGCACCACAUAGCAAACAUAGUUGUGCUUUUCUCUCUGCAUAUUUGCAAACGAAGCAGAUGUUUUGAGACAGGGCUGCCGACUCUGUAGGGAUGAGAUGCCUUUGACCCCCACAAUAUCCGAUGGGAGGGAGGCCGGGGCCCCUCAGGGUUGAGGGGGCAAAGAGGCCAAGCCAAGCACAGUAUGGUUUCAGGGCCCAGCCCCACCUGAGCGUGAGAGAGGAGGAGCCGCUGGCCACCCCCAAAAUGUGACAUCACACACGCACCACAUGCCAGGCACGUGAUGCCACAAGAGCACAUUGUGUGGCAGGCUCCCUCAAUCUUGGGCACAACAUGGCGCCUCUGUUUUGAAAGCAGCAUAGGUUUCCAGUGCUCUCUUCUCAGUUGCAAACCAGGACUAAGUAGCACCACUCCUGAGAAGCGGCUUAGUCAUGCUGGCCACAUGACCUGGAAGUUAUACGCCGGCUCCCUCGGCCAGUAAAACGAGAUGAGCGCCGCAACCCCAGAGUCAUCCGUGACUGGACCUAAUGGUCAGGGGUCCCAUUACCUUUGAGGGACGCGGGUGGCGCUGUGGGUUAAACCACAGAGCCUAGGGAUUGCCAAUCAGAAGGUCAGUGGUUUGAAUCCCCGUGACGGGGUGAGCUCCCAUUGCUCGGUCCCAGCUCCUGCCAACCUAGCAGUUUGAAAGCACGCAGUGCAAGUAGAUAAAUAGGUACCUCUCCGGCGGGAAGAUAAACGGCGUUUCUGUGCGCUGCUCUGGUUCGCCAGAAGUGGCUUAGUCAUGCUGGCCACAUGACCCGGAAGUUGUACACCGGCUCCCUCGGUCAGUAAAGCGAGAUGAACGCUGCGACCCCAGAGUCGGCCAUGACUGGACCUAAUGGUCAGGGGUCCCUUUACCUUUACCUUUACCUCCUCAGUUGUGAACCAGGACCAAGUAUCACUACCACUGAGACUUCCUGCCAUCUGUGGAAGCCAGGAAUGCUCAGCAAUAGGAAUCUUGAGCAAUGAGGUGGCAAAUUGUCUCUCUUGUUCUUAAUCCAGACCUUCCAAGUGUCCCUAUGUUCCGGGGACUGUCCUAGAUUUAUAGAAGUCUUCCCGGUUUCUGAUCUGAUCCCGGAAUGCCCCACUUUCCCUUAGAACUUCCGUAGUUUCAUCAGAGAGGUGUUGCAGGGUAUGUUAAUCUACCGUGAUAAAGAAUAGAUUACUUGCUCCUUUCUCUUAAAAGAAUGUUAAUUUACCUUUCUUUGGUGUCUUCCAGCAUGUGGGUUUACCCUUUUGUCUUCCUUUGCUUUUUCUGCAGGGCCUUCGCCGGAGCAACAAUCCACGAUUUCUUUAACUGGCUGUCAGUGGCUGUCCUAUUGCCUAUUGAAGUUGCCACGCACUAUCUGUAUCACCUCACCAAUGUCAUUAUGAACUCGUUUCAGCUUGAAAGUGGGGAAGAUGCCCCUCAGCUGCUGAAAGUGAUCACCGAUCCACUUACAAAACUUAUAAUCCAGGUAGGCUUUUUCCUCGGUUAGUUAAUAUUUGCCGAAGCAUCUUUAGGUACUCAGAUAUGACUUGUCCCUCCCUAAUAGUAUUGUCGUUCUUAUGGAGGGAAGGCUUCUGAGCAGAUGUUAUUGUUAUUCCCAUGAGUUAGAAUCUUGUUUUUGAAAAAAUAUGCUUUUUAGAAUGUGCACUUUGCCUUCAUAGCUUGACUUCAAAGAACUGAGAACUGAGCUGAGAACUGAUCAUAAACCAUCUCUCUCUCUCGUAUUUUUCCAUGUAUAAGACUAUUUUUAGGGACUCCAAUUUAAGAAAAUAGGGGGGAGAUUGCCCCAUGUAUAAGACGACCCACAGUUUUCCACAUAAUUCUAAAGUAAAAAAACCCCCAGUCUUCUACAUGGAAAAGUACGGUGUUUCAGUUUCCAGACAUAAGAGACAUGAAAGCCUCGCAACAUUACAAUAAAAAUAGAUUAGAAUUGGUUGGAAGGAAUCGUGGAGGUGAGCUAAAGCAAGCUCUGUGAAACACAGAAAAUUCAGCGCUUGAGCAUCCCAAACUAAUGUCUGUCUUCUGGACUCCACUUGGAAUAUUUUCAGCAAAGGGAGUCCACCCCACCAGCCCUGGUCAUAGGUUCCAAUGUCGAACAGCUGCUAGGGAAUUUCUCCUAAUGAUCAGCUGAAAUUUAUCCUCAUGGAAAUUAAGCCUGAUCAAUCUAAUUCUGCCUUCUGUGCCCUUCAGAGUUUGAAGAGUGCUAUCGUGUGUCGCCCCCACCCCGACCUCUUCCUUUCUAUUUUCAGGCUAAGCUAUUUCCUUUUUACCUUUCCUCUUAGGAUUUGUUUCCCAUACUAACUGCCCUCACGGGUACAGGAAGCAAGUCCUGAGAUGAAAGGGCAUGCUACUUAAAUACAGGCCCAAUUGGCUUAAGACCAAAGCGGCAAUAAUGAUUCCACUCCCUUUUUGUUGAUGCCUUUUCGACUGCUGUGAUAGGAAAAAAAGCUUAAUAUAGUGUUGCGUGGAGGUAAAAUACAGAGGAGCCCCAUAUGUUAUGGUGUUACAGUGCGUACCAUAUGUUGGUUUUCAGCUAAGUGUUGUUCCGAACUCAGACCCAGGUGGCUUAAAUGUCUAGGCAGAGGACCAGAGUGAAGUCUUCUCCCCUUCGGUCUGCCAUCCAAGCUUUGCUUAGGCAGGAUAUCCUGUCAUCCUUAGCAGCUGGCCAGGGUGAUUCCCCAACAGUUGGCCCUUGAGGCAGUCCUUGCCUGCCCUCUGGGAAUUUAGGGGUGUCCGCGAAGGGUCACAACUGCCACCCACCCACCCUGGGACCCCAGAUAAGCAGCCAUUAUAGUGUUAUAGUGCUCUGUCCCAGCUCCUGCCAACCUAGCAGUUCGAAAGCACACCAGUGCAAGUAGAUAAAUAGGUACCACUGGGGCGGGAAGGCAAACGGCAUUUCCGUGCGCUCUGGUUUCCGUCAUGGUGUUUCGUUGCGCCAGAAGCGGCUAGUCAUGCUGGCCACAUGACCCGGAAAGCUGUAAACGCUGGCUCCCUUGGCAUGAAAGCGAGAUGAGUGCCACAACCCCAGCCAGAUGGGGUAUAAAUAAUUAUUAUUAUUUAUUGUUGUUGUUGUUGUUGUUGUUAUCAUCCCCUCUCAGUGGGAUACAGGCCACUAAGUGUUACAAGUCUGUUCCAGUGGCUCAUCUAAUUAUUUUUUACUACAGGAAUGAAUUUCAGGCAUUCAUAUCUAAGGGAGAAUGUAAAAGGGUGUACUUGGGUACAUCGCGAGGGUGGGGAACUAAAUUUUUCUCUCUUUCUGAUAUAAUCCCAGCUUCAGGACUAGGACUGUCUCUUUCUCCACACUUGCAAGUAGUGCAGAUACACUGACCCAACCAGGUUUUAAAUGAGACCAUUGCUAUCUGCCUAGCUAGCCCUGGAUCGUAUUAUUUGGUUCUAGUAGAGUGUGACAACACAGGGACGCGGGUGGCACUGUGGGUUAAAGUACAGAGUCUAGGACUUGCCGAUCAGAAGGUCGGCAGUUUGAAUCCCCGCGACGGGGUGAGCUCCCGUUGCUCGGUCCCUGCUCCUGCCCACCUAGCAGUUCGAAAGUGCAAGUAGAUAAAUAGGUACCACUCCGGCGGGAAGGUAAACAGUGCUCCCUCGGCCAAUAAAGUGAGAUGAGUGCUGCAACCCCAGAGUUGGCCACGACUGGACCUAAUGGUCAGGGGUCCCUUUACCUUUACCUUUUAGAUUGUGACAAAGAGAUGGAACUUGGGAGGAAUGUAUUAUUAAAUGAUGCAAUAACCCAAACCUUAUUUCCCAUUUGCUUUAACAGCUUGAUAAAUCGGUGAUAAGUGCAAUUGCUACAGGUGAUGAGGAAGCAAAAAACAAAAGCCUAGUGCUAACUUGGUGCGAAACCAAGACCGAAGUGGUAAGUAUUAAGUUCCUGUGUUCCAUAAUGUACAUUAGAUAUUGUAUCAUCAUUAAAUAAGCAGUCCACCUGACUACAAAUCUUCAGAAGGGGAGGUUUUAUCCAGCCUCAAAAAUAAAAGAUAAAAAAUGCUGAAAUUGGCUUUACAAUUCUUCCUUCGAAGAUUAUAAAUAUUGCGUUGGGGUAUCAUAUCACUGCUUUACAGCUACUGAAAGCUGAGAGAGAGAGGAAGGAAGGAAGGAAGGAAGGAAGGAAGGAAGGAAGGAAAAGGAAGGAAGAAAGGGAGGGAGAUUUAGUUUUGAGAUUCAUUGUUUGGAUUGGCACAAUCAUACUACUUAGCAUUUGUAUAAUGCUUUAGAGUGUUCAAAUACAUCCAAGCUCUGCUUGGCAAGGUAGAUUAAUAAUAAUAAUAUUAUUAGCCUCAUUAAUAGAAUGCUUUUCAUUAUGAUGAGUGUGGGAGGGAGGCCAAGAGAGGAUUCAUCCAUUAGAGGUAUCCUACUUUAACCACUGUGAUGAGUUCUUUGUUAUAGUGCUUUUGAGAUGUGCAAUAGAUCAUUACAAGAAAACCCUGAGACCUUUCCCAGUCUGCAUCUGUACUGGAAUUGUUUAUUAUUAUUAUUAUUAUUAUUAUUAUUAUUAUUAUUAUUUUAUCACUUGUUUGGCAACGCUGGGCUCCUUUGCAGGGAAAGGGUGAGAUUACAAAUUUAAUAAAUAAAUAAAUGUGGAGCGUUUAUUUCAUUGCUCUGCUUUAUUUGUUGAUGUCUAGGAUCCAAUGAAUGUUACUAUCCCAGCGUGGGAAAAUUGCACCUCCCCAGACCUUUGUUGGAGAGAUGGAAAUUUGACCUGGACGAUACGAAAUAUAUCCACCACAGAAUAUAUUAAAAAAUGUAAGUAAAACGCCGCUUUUCUGUAUCUCAUAACGUAGAGCUUUUUCGGGCUUUCGAGUCCAGCAAUCCAUCUCUGCCCCUUGCAUUGUAAAACCUCUUCGCAGAGACAGCACAAUAUAAAAUAUUAUGGCGAUGGCUCUCUAUCAAUGGGUGUGAUUCAAACGUUGCAGUGGUGCCAUUCUGAUCAAAGGUAUGCCUGUACAAAAAUGAAGUGUGCAGUGUGAGAGAGAGUGUUGGGGGGGGGGGAGGCGAUAUACCGUAUUUUUCGCUCUAUAGGACGCACCUUUUCCCCUCCAAAAAUUAAGGGGAAAUGUGUGUGCUUCCUAUGGAGCGAAUGCAGGCUCCUUGGCUUCAGCGAUAGCAACGUGAAGCCUCCGAAGCGCAGGGGGAGUGUGUUGCUUUCGCUGAAGCCUGAAGAGCGAGAGGGGUCGGUGCGCACAGACCCCUCUCGCUCUCCAGGCUUCAGGGAGAGCCGCCUGAAGCCUUCGGAGUGCAGUGCGAGUUCCCGCUGCCCUCCGGAGGCUUCGGGUUGCCUUCACUGAAGCCGGGAGAGCAAGAGGGGUCGGUGCACACUUCGCUGGAGAGGCACUGCACAGUUUUCCCUCUCUGCGCAGCGCCCCUUCAGUGAAGCAGGAGGAGAAAUGAAAGGGGCUUCGUUUCUCCUGCCGCUUCGCUGAAGGGGCACUGCGCAGAGAGGGGGAGAAUUUUUUUCCCUGUUUCCCCCCUCUAAAACAAGGUGCAUCCUAUGGUCGGGUGCGUCCUAUAGAGCGAAAAACACGGUAAUCUUGGCUGGGGAAUUUUUCCAGCACUGGAAAAUUGUAGAGGCAAUGCACCCAAACUGGUUGUGGUGCACUGGAAGAUUGUGAUUGUUGUCCAACUAUCUUUCAUCUAAGGCAGUCUUAAAAUAAGUCUGUUUUGUGAGACACAUCAGGUGAGGCAAAACGCAACAGUGCUGUGAACUGGUUUAAAUAUUACCACCCACAAUGGAAGCACUGCCGAAAAGCUCCUGGUAAUACUAUCUAAAGGGUUAGUCUUUGUAUUGAUUGAUUAUUGAUUCAUUCAUUUUAUUUCACAGAAUCAUAGAAUCGUAGCAAUGUCCAACCCCCUGUAAUGCAGGAAUCUCAGCUAUACUGCUUUAUAUUUUUAAGGAACCGGAAUAUAAUGUAGGUUUACAAACCUACAUUAAAGCAUCAAAUAAGACAACCCAGAAUAAAACACUUCAGAAGAAAAUCAAAUAUAAAGUAUACAUUCAAAGCAACAUAAUUAACAGGAAACUAAAAAUAUUUUAUUUUCCUGUUUAGGGAAGCUUUUAAUGUUUGAUGUAUUACAGUAUUUUAAUAUUUUUUUGGAAGAGUGGCUGGGGAAGCCCAGCCAGAUGGGCUGGGUAUAAAUAAAUUAUUAUUAUUAUUAUUAUUAUUAUUAUUAUUAUUUAUUACAAAGAAUGUCAAGUACAGAAUGCACAAGUAACGCAGCAAAGUUAACAAAAAAGUCACCUUAACAUUUCAAAAGAAAACAUUACUAAAGGACGUCAGAUAUAAAACGCACAUUGGAAACAGCAUAAUUAGCAAGAAAUAAAGUCUUAUCUUUUCUAAUAUUAAUAUUUUAUUGAAAGAAUGUCACUUAUGAAGAAAUAAAGUGAUACAGAGAAAAAAGGGGGAAGGAUGUGUAUAAGAAAAUAUAUAUAUAUACAAAAAUGCAAUGUAAUAAAGUAUUACCUCAAGCGUAGAACAUGGGUAGGCAAAUGAAGGCCCGGGGGCCAAAUCCGGCCCAAUCGCCUUCUAAAUCCGGCCUGCGGACGGUCCGGGAAUCAGCGUGUUUUUACAUGAGUAGAAUGUGCCCUUAUAUUUAAAAUGCAUCUCUGGGUUAUUUGUGGGGCCUGCCUGGUGUUUUUACAUGAGUAGAAUGUGUCCUUCUAUUUAAAAUGCAUCUCUGGGAUAUUGUGGGGCAUAGGAAUUCGUUCAUUUCCCCCCAAAAAUAUAGUCUGCCCCCCCCCACAAGGUCUGAGGGACAGUGGACCGGCCCCCUGCUGAAAAAGUUUGCUGACCCCUGGCAUAGAACGUAUCUGCUGCUAUUGCUGCCAGUCUGCCUAUGGCAGUUCAGUGUGGGCAGCAGCUGUGAAAGCUCAGACUUGAUGACCUGGGUUUGCACUCAAGGACAGCCAAGACUAGUAGUUCUUCAAUGCCAGGCAUGUCCAAUGCGUCAAUUGCGAUCGAUCAGUUGAUUGUGGGAUGAAUGUUCGUAGAUCGUGCGCCUGCCCCCUCAGGGGAAGCAGCCAGUACCCGCCUGCCCACCUUGCACCCAUCCCUGGGUGGUAGAUCACUGCCAGUUUUUAUAUUAGAUCGUAGAUCACAGCUUAGUUCAAGCUGGACAUGCCUGUUCUGUGCCAUCGAUGUUGUCAAAACCGCAAAAAUUCAAAUGCAACGUAAAACAUGCAGUGUAUCCCAUCUAUCUGCCCCAAUGCAUGUCAGAAUAGGGAGACCCCUUGGGAAAUACAGUGGUACCUCGGGUUAAGUACUUAAUUUGUUCCGGAGGUCCGUUGUUAACCUGAAACUGUUCUUAACCUGAAGCACCACUUUAGCUCAUGGGGCCUCCCGCUGCACCGCCGGAGCACGAUUUCUGUUCUCAUCCUGAAGCAAAGUUCUUAACCCGAGGUACUAUUUCUGGGUUAGCGGAGUCUGUAACCUGAAGCGUAUGUAACCUGAAACGUAUGUAACCCAAGGUGCCACUGUACAGUCAUACCUUGUGUUACAGCCGCUUCAGGUUGCAUUUUUUUCGGGUUGCGGACCACCAAAACCCAGAAGUAUUGGAACGGGUUACUUCCAGGUUUCGGCGGUUGCGCAUGCGCAAAAGUGCUAAAUCGCGCUUUGCAAAUGAGCAGAAGUGCGGAAUUGCAACCCGCAUGUGCGCAGACGUGGCUUGCGAAUGUGCAUCCCGCACAGAUCACAUUCGCAACCCGAGCGCCCACUGUAUAGCAUUGGUAUAUUUUGGAUGGAUAGAUAUAGGAAAAGGUUUUUUUGUUAUCAUUGUUUCCACAUGCUGCAUCGCCAUGGAGGUGAGGGGAGUUGCACUUGCAUGGGGAAUAACAUGCCAACUUGACAGCUCCCAGAGCAGACUAAUUGUGUGCGUGUGUGACUAAAAAUUCUGUAUCUCUCCCCCCCCAUAGGUAAUCACAUUUUUGUAGACUCAGGUCUCUCAGAAACUGCCGUCGGCCUCAUCCUCCUUGCCUUCUCGCUGCUCUGUUUGUGCGUUUGCCUGAUACUCAUCGUUAAAUUACUGAAUUCUGUACUGCAAGGACAAGUAGCAAAUAUUAUCAAGAAGACAUUCAACACGGGUAACAAUCUCUCUCUUUCUUUUUAUUACAUAGCAUAGCAAAUAGAAAUACGUUAAGCACAAUGUAUAAUGGCUUUUCUUGUCCAUAAUGCAGUGGAAUCAAUAAAAGCUAGUGCAACAUGUACCAGUGGGUCAUAUAUUUUUGUCUCUGGAGGAACAGAACGGUUUUUAUCCAGCUCUCGUCCCUGGUCAUAAGUGGCCAGGCAAGCCCAUUCUGUCAAAUGUCAUAUUUGGACUUUUUAAGGCAGGAUCCAAAAAACCAAACAAAAAACCACACCUGCAUAAUUAUUAUUUUUUUUUUUUUAAACUAUAAAGCACUUAGAAAGCGGUCUGAGGGCUUUCAUGGCUCUUUCUCUUUCCCACUUAAAAAUCAUUUGCUUCUGCUUGCUGUGAUUGUUAAAAACUUUUGACCAAUAAGUCCCUGGAAGCAACAGUAUGCUAUGGGGUACCAUCUCUCCGUUGGUAAUUGUAUGGAGAGAAAAAACCCAGUUGCUUCUAUGUACCUAUGGGGAUGAGUUUACAGGGACACUGUAUGGAAAAAAGAAAGAAAGAUGGCUGCCUGAUCCAUUGGAUGCAGACCAGGAAGGUUCACUCCAAAUUGUGGAGCAAACUGAAAUAUUUCCCCAUUCCUGCUUUUGCUUUUGCCUGUACCUAUAUAUCACAAAGAUAUAUGCUGUGGGUUAAACCACAGAGCCUAGGGCUUGCCGAUCAGAAGGUCGGCAGUUCGAAUCCCCAUGACGGGGUGAGCUCCCGUUGCUUGGUCCCUGCUCCUGCCAACCUAGCAGUUCGAAAGCACGUCAAAGUGCAAGUAGAUAAAUAGGUACCACUCCGGCGGGAAGGUAAACGGCGUUUCCGUGCGCUGCUCUGGUUCGCCAGAAGCGGCUUAGUCAUGCUGGCCACAUGACCGGGAAGCUGUACGCUGGCUCCCUUGGCCAAUAAAACGAGAUGAGCGCCGCAACCCCAGAGUCAGUCACGACUGGACCUAAUGGUCAGGGGUCCCUUUACCUUUUUAUAUAUCACCAAAUGAAAAGUACUGGGCUGCAUAGAGGGCGGAAAUGUUAGAAGCCCUAGAAUUUUUUUGUCACCCAUCAUACAUUCAUGAAGCUGCCUGGAAGCUGCUUCCUGUGGUCCUUUUCCAUUGAGAUAUGUGAGUUUUCCCAACCAGUCGGCAAUUUUUCUUCUGCUGAGGGGCCAGUUGAGUGGAAGAGAUCCAUCUGUUUGGCCUUUACAGCAUUUGUACACUUACUGAAGUAGCAGAUCAGGACGGGAUGUUUGUGAAAGAAACUUUAUUCUGCAGUAAAUUUAUGAGGCAGGGGACAUUUCAGCCUGACCCAGUAAAGUAUCCCUCAACCUGAUUCAAAUAAUAUCUAAUGGUUGCACUCCAAGCUCUGCGAUUCAGAAGGUAGGGUGCCAAGCAGGAAAAGGCAACAAAUGUACUUUAAACUUUCCAAACACAAAAAGUGUUCUAUGAGGCAAACAUACCUAGCGGACAAGUCACCACCUUUUAGCUUCUUAUUUCAGGUAAAGAUCAAAUGACUUUCAAGUUUUCUGGCAAGUGGUUUAAGUAGGGCACCUUGUUGUUUAGCUAAACAGUUCCACACGUAAUUUUGAGCAGAAUAUUCUGACUCUGAUGCCUCCUGUACUUUUGUUUUCCAGAUUUUCCUUAUCCAUUUGCUUGGGUGACAGGAUACAUGGCCAUGUUAGUUGGUGCUUUUAUGACUUUUGUGGUUCAGAGCAGUUCCGUGUUCACAUCUGCUAUUACUCCACUGGUUGGUGAGUGUUGUGUGGAAGCAUUUUAAGUAACGGUUUUUGGGGUGGGGGUGUUGAAUUAGCCUAACUUUCAGCUGCUAAAGUUAGGAGCAAAUGAGGUAAUUCCAGGUUUUUAUAUAAUACUAUGUAUAUUUUUGUCAGAUCUUUUAAAGAAACAAAAAUAAAUCUACACGAUAGACCUGCCUAGAUCUCUAGUGGUAGACUAUGGCAUAGAAAUGGAAACAUUCCCCCCGCCUCCUCUGUUCCCCAUUUCUUAUGACUUGUGGCUUUAGACUGACAGCCCAUUGCCAUGCUUCCAAAAUGGGGGCUUGAAAGAAACAGAAUUUUACUGUAGACACAAUAAUACAAUACAAAUAUUCUAUUCUAUGCAUGGGACCGCCUUUGAUGCCGGUUCAGAAAAUUCGGCUGUUGCAGAAUUCAGCGGCGAGAUGUUUUCAGCAUAUAACACCGAUCCUGGCUCAACUGCGCUGGCUUCAAAUUAGUUUUUGGGCCCAAUUCAAAGGGCUGGUUUUGACCUAUAAAGCCUUAAAUGGCUCAGGACCACAAUGCCUCAAGGAUCCCAUAUGAACCAAUCGCAAUCCGAGGUCCUUCUUUGUGUGCUUCCCUCCACAAGAGGUCUGGAGGGCGAUAACAGGAGAACGAGCUUUUCCUGCAAUUGCUCCCUGCUUGUGGGAUGCUCUCCCCAGCAAAGCUAGCCUGGUGCUUUUGUUAAAUAGCUUUAGGUGUCAGGCAAAAAUGUUCCUCUAUAACCAGGCCUUGGGCUGAUUAAACCACCCAUGGCCUUUUAAAUGUCUUUGUGGGAGAAGAGGUAUUGGGUAUGUUUUUGUUUUUGUUUUUUUGCUUUGUGUUUCCAUUCUGUCUUUUUAUGUUGUAAAAAGUCUUUGGAUGAGGGGUGGUACAUAAAUUUAAGAAAUAAAAAAAUUGUAUAUAAAAGUGCAGGAAUGUUUUGAUACAGCUGUGACUUUAAGUGGUAGUAGGUAAAUUGCUAUCCCUUAACCUUAUAGUUUUAUGGCCGUCUUAAUGGACGCCGUAAACAUGAAAUACUUUGGAGUCUUCAAAGUGCCAUAUGAAUAAUGAUAAAAUUCAUGUUGUUUUUCCCCCCUUCAACUAGGAAUUGGUGUUAUAAGCAUCGACCGAGCUUAUCCCCUAACUUUGGGGUCCAACAUUGGUACAACUACAACAGCGAUUCUUGCUGCUAUGGCCAGUCCGGGGAACAAAUUAAAGGCUUCCUUACAGGUUAGUUGUGAUUUCUGUUUUAUAUUAUUUCCAAACAGAGAGGAAAUGGGAGAAUUUGAUCAUGACAUUUACUCCAGUCACGACUGUUUUAUCUCUUAUGUAAAGAACUGUGAGUGCAAUUCUAGCACUUGGGGGUUUUUUGAUCCAGAGAAGUCCUUUGAGCAUGAACUUAACAAUAAGCUUGUAGUUGGUUUUCUGGGGCUCCAAGAGAGUCUUUAACAUGCUACACUAAGGUGUAAGGGAGAAGGGACAUGGUGAAUGUAGCUGUGUGUAUAUUUUCUGCUACGUUUCAUUUUAAAGUCUCCAUGUCUGCAAGGGUCAGUAAGGAAAUGCUAAAGGAGGUGCUUGCUACUUUGUUGUUUUUGUGCAGGAAAUUAUUUUCUCCUGGAAACCAUGUUACACAAUAACGUUUCUGAGUUGGAUAAAAAUAAAUGUCUUAUGCUAUUUGAACACACUGCACUCAUUGGAGGGCACAAAAUAGGAAUAGAAGAUCGCCCAUAUUUACUUUUUGGAUGAACCUGAUGAUGUUCAGAAUGACACCUCUUAGAUUCUUGAACCUAUGAUGGUUUGGCAUUUAUAUAAGCCCUGGACUUGCUUGUUUCCUUGGUUUCUCUUUCCUUGUUUCCCUUGCACACUCCGAUUCACUUCCUGUCUCAAAUGGCAAAUUAUGGUUUGUGCUUCCCCUCCAAAGCAGAGUUGGAACUCAUGGUUUGAGUGUCGUUCCCAGUUUUGUUUCGGAGGACCAACAUAAACCAUGGUUUGCCCUUUCAGCUGUAAUGUGUGCUACACAGGAAAUAAGUAUGUUAGUGUGGAAUAGGAUGAAGGAUGGGACAAUGGGAAUAUGCACACCCAAGGCUCGUUCAUGAAAUGCCAAACCCUGGUCUGAUGUGACUAACCUCAUGUGUUGAAUAUUUCCUCCCAUGGUUCUUUAACUCAGUCUAUUUGACAGAUGACCACGAUUCAUUUUAUAAAAUUAUGAAUACAGGCUUUAAUAUGUUGGCUUGCUUUUUAAAACACACAUACCUGGUAUAUCAGGUACUGUAUAGCUGUAUGUUUGCUGUGGGACAGAUAACAGUUCGGGGAGAUCUCCAGUCAGGAAAAUUAGUACAGGGCACCAAUCCAACUUAUCCUCCCCAUGGCAAGAAUUGUUUUAUUUCCCCUUGAAGCUCUAAUGCCAUGUCUAGUUUUGCCCUUACUUUGAUUUUGUUUAAAUAAAUUAUUUAAUUAAAUAUUUUUUUUUGAAGGUCAUAAAAGGUGGAAUAGUAGGAGAGGAUCCAAUGAAGGGAGGAAAAUAGUGUUUCAAGGGUAUUUGUACAAAAGUCACACUUGUUUUAACGUUCUUCUGAUUAGUUCUCUUUUUGCUUCAUUUUGUGUCUUUUCAGAUUGCUCUCUGCCACUUCUUUUUCAAUGUUUCUGGGAUUCUCCUGUGGUACCCGAUCCCUUACACACGUAUCCCAAUCCACCUGUCCAAGGUUUUGGGGAACAUAACAGCCAAGUACAGGUGGUUUGCUAUUUUUUACCUUUUCAUCGCCUUCCUUGUGGUUCCUGUUGGUGUCUUUGGUCUGUCGGUGGCCGGCUGGGAGUACCUCGUGGGUGUCGGUGUUCCUAUCUUGGUCAUCUUUUUCGCUGUGAUCAUCAUCAACUAUCUUCAAAAGAAGCGGCCUGAGAAGCUGCCCGAGAAGCUCCGAAACUGGGACUACCUUCCCUUGUGGAUGCGGUCCUUGGACCCGUGGGAUGAUAUGGUGGUGUCUACAGGCGCUACCUGUGAAAAAUACUGUUGCAAAUGUUGCAAACGCCGGGGAGGCGAACAAAUGGCAAGCGUGGCGCCAGGGAAAGCCAUGGAAGUUCACGAAAACCCAGUUUCGCUGGCCGAUGAGAAAAACGCCUUUUCAAAGACACCGCAGGCGACUGAAAUGAACUUGUCCACCACCCCCUUGUAGCAGAAGACAGGACUUCAACAGCCGAGGGCUCAGGGACAAAAAAAGUGGGGGGCAAAAUGUAAAGGGAGAGGAAAGAAGCAAAGGAGAGAAACGUAUGCCAUCUUCUUGCACCCGGCGAAAAGUGUGUAUUGCUCUGUUGGUAACUGAACAUUUGGGCGAGCAGGCGAGAAGUCAAGUCCAAAAUACCAGACACACACACUUAAGGACACAUGUAGCCCCGGGGUCUUGUGCACGAACUUGCCUCUAGUCUGCUGAGCCAGGAAGCGGGCAGCAGUACAGUGCUGGAGUGAAGGUCUGACUCUGUGCCAUAGCCAGGCCUUUGGGCCUUCCUGCUCCUGUCCAGUACUGCUACAGACCCAAACUGCGUCUGCCAGCUGUGGUUGCUCAGCUUCUCAUCAGUGGACCCAAAAUCAGGUACACAGGGCUUGAGGCAACAUUGGUACAGAAGGGAUCUAGUCUGUGAUUAGUAGCGUUGCAUCAAGAACUUUGAGAUAGUACCACUUCCCUUCUGGCGGUUUCAAAAGUUAAGGCACAGGGCAUCAUAAGAAAAUCUUAAAGGUACCAAACUUUUUUUUAAAAAAAAGAAAUAUUACUGAAAGAAGCUGGGCAUGUAAGAAUAGGAAUUUAUAAUUUUUAGCUUGAUGCUUCCAGUAGUUUGUGUCUUCUAGCUAGAAAUCAGGAUAACUUUCCAUACCCGCCAGCAUUUCUCCAAUGAAAAUAGGGACGUCCUAUUCUAUAAUAAUAAUAAUAAUAGUCAUAAUCAUAAUUUUAUUAUUUAUACCCCACCCAUUUGACUGGGUUGCCCCAGCUACUCUGGGCGGCUUCCAACAUACAGUAUAUAAAAACAUAAUAAAACAUUAAACAUUAAAAAAACUUUCCUACAGCCUUCAGAUGUCUUCUAAAAGUUGUACAGUUGCUUUUAUCUCCUUGGUUCAGGGAUCACAUAACUCCAUACCCUCCAACAUUUCUCUGAUGAAAAUAGGGACGUCCUCAGGAAAAGCGGGACAUUCCGGGAUCAAAUCAGAAAGUGGGACGGCUUUUGUAAAUCUGGGAAUGUCCCUGGAAAAUAGGGACAUUUGCCCUGACUUUCUAGGGCACUUGUCUUUCCUGUGCCUGAAUUUUUUGAGGAUCAAAUUCAGAAAGAGAGAACAGUUGCAGGAUCUAACCAUUACAGACCUGGCUUCCUACAGACAGAGCACUUUUUCAGAAGAGAGAGCAAAGGGACUUUGGGGGUGGAGAGAUUCCCACUGAGGCCCACGUGUCUGCUCUUGGCAAAAUUAAAUUGCAUAAAAAUGGAAUGUGAUUUAAAACUAUUUGCUAUGAUAACUUUUCUUUUAUACCUCAUCAUAGACAGGGACAUAGGAGCUCCUGAGGAAUAACCUCCUGUGACCCCAAACUUUUUGCAUGGCUUUCUAAUAGCACCCCAAUAACAGAGUGCACCUUGUCCUAUGAUUUCUGGCUGCAACAGCCAGCAUUUAAGCAAUACAUUUUUGCAAGUACAGUCAAAUCUUGGUUGUCGAACGUAAUCCUUUCUGGAAGACCGUUCGACUUCCGAACCGUUCGAUAUCUGAGACGUGGCUUCUGAUUGGUUGCAAGCCUUCCGAAAAACGUUCGCAAACCAGACCAUUUACUUUUGGGUUUUAGGCGUCCGGGAGCUGAAAUGUAUGAUAAUGGAGCCGUUUGAGAACCGAGGUUUGACUGUAGUAUCAUGCAUAUUUUGCGUUCAGGUCGAGACUUAGACCCUCAUGGAUGAAAUUUGCAGCAUAUGCAAAAAAGCACUUUUGAGAUUACUGCACAUUUUUAGGUCUUGUAAUUUUGUAAUGAAUUCCAGGCCAAAGUGUUUGACAACCUGAUGUUUUCCCAAGGGGAUUUUGGAAGGGGCUUAUGAGAAUCAAACCCUGGAAAAUAUUAUGGGGCUGGGAGUAACAUGUCCUAACCAUACUGCUGCGUCGUCAGCUGUGGAUGGAAAACGAAACCAUCAGUUGAUUUAUGUAACACAGUUGCAUCUGAUGUGCAUCAUUUAUUUAUUUGGCAAAAAAUACUUUGAGGUGAAUUUUAAUUGUUAGCUAAGACUGAGCAGGAAAUGUUAACAUAUACGUCUGGCAUUGUCUAAGCUUUGAUUUCAGGGGAUGGAACAAGUAUGAAGACGACAUUUAUAUCUGCAAGAUUAAGUAAAAGUGAAGGAUUCUUCUCCUCCAGUUGUUCUCAUGGGAAAUAUUUUACCUUUUCCUGUGGGGAUCAUUAGGGACUUAGAAGUGUCCACCUGCGGCCAGACCUUUAAAAAGGUUCAAAAGAAAGUCACUCCCACUUGUUAACACAUCAGAGACGAUAAAAUGAUGUUGAAAUAGGCUAGUUAAAACUCUAAGUCAGAACCAGCCAGAUUUAUACACCUUUAAACUCCAUUGUUUAUGAUGGAACGCCUUCCACUGAAAUCAGUGCUAUUUAAAAGUGCUUAAAUUUGUCUACAUAUUUUUCUCCACUAUAAUUUAUAAUGAAAGUGAGAAAUCAAACAUGGAGCUCAGUUCUAUGCACAUUUACUUAGACAGUAACUCCUACCACGUUCAGGAAAGCUUAACCAGACACAAAUUUUAACUGAAAAACAGUAUUACAUUUUUUUUUAAAAAAAAAAAGAGGGUUUGGUCCUGUGCACAGACUUUCUGACACCCUCACUAGCAUUUUUGCUUGCAGUUGUUCUUAAAGAAGUGGGUUUCUAUCUUAUAGUUCCACUGAUCUUUGAGGUUGUAUAUGGCUUUUAUAUAACUUAAAGCAGUCACCUGUUUUAUAUAAGAAAAAUAUUCAGAUUUUAUACAAUGGCUUGCACCUGGCACAAAGGGCAGAGUCCAUCCAACACGAAGCACUUUCAGUCUCAUUGAAAUUUUAGGCUGCUUUCAUAUUAUUUACCUGGAAGUCAGCUUCACUGAGCUCAGUAGAGCUUACUUCUGAGUAGAAAUAUGCAGAAUUGCACUGUUAAGCGUAUGCCUUACCCUCCUACUGAAUUUGAUAGGGCAUAAUCCAAUUGUACCUGUAUUCUUUUUAUGUAAUGUUGUUAAUUGCUUGUUUUUUCAUGGAAAAUGUUGUCUUUAUGCUUAAUCAUUACUAGUUUAUUUAACGCAUUUGUCAGAGAAUGUUGACAAACUUAUUUUUAAGUGAAACUGUGUUACUCUGCGAUAACUCUGGGAUAGAGGCAAGCAGCUUAUCUGGUUUCUGGAUAACUCAGUCACAGACCAUAUUAUUUGAACCUCAUCUACCUCCUUCUCUCUAGCAUCAUCUACCUUUAGAGGAGGUGUCCAUAAAAGCUUAUAAAAUACACAUUCUCUAUUCCAAUAUUGAGUUUGUAGGAGGGGAAAUCUGAUACUCUGAGGCUAGGGUACACAGAUUUGGAUGUGGAUCUCAACUUAAAAACACUGAGAGGAGACAGGACAGAGUUACACUUAACAAAAAGGAGAAGACCAUUACUAGUAUUGCGUUUUUCUUUAUGUUCCAACACAGAGCUCCUUUCAUUGAGAGUUAAAUGGGAGUCCUGAUCAGUCAAUUUCAUUCUGGGUAGUUUGUUGAACUUAAGGCCAGUUUGUACAACUGGCAGAAUAAAGUGGUGAAGCUUUUCCUG